CACUACCUCCUCUACCCCCCCAAUCCCCUCACACACACACACACACACCCCUUCUCACAUACACACACACGCGCGUGCCAACCAGUGCCUCAAACAACUGAAAAGCAGUGCCAGUGCCCUCGUGGAGACGGCUGGAACUACCCACGUCAGUUGUCACAAUGCGGCGUUUUACGACGCGUUUAAGCCUGGAAUGAUUUAAAAAAAGUGUGUUUGGAUAACUUGACCUGGCCUGACCUGGGCCUGACUUGGGCUUGACCUGGGCCUGACCUGGGCUUGACCUGGGCCUGACCUGGGCUUGACUUGGCCCUGACCUGGCCCUGACCUGGCCUGACUUGGGCUUGACCUGGGCCUGACCUGGCCUGACCUGACCUGGGAUGAUGAAUACAGGUGGGUCACCUCUCAUCCUCCGCCAAUCAGGAGAGUGUACGUUGAGCAGCUUCACCCUGCCCUCUGUCGGGGUCGCUGCCUCCUCUCCCACCCACGCCCACCUCGACUACAACGACAACCUCACGCCCACCUCCAUGUCCGCCCACCUGCCGGAGGGCAGCGUGCCCCAUUACGCCCGCCACGGGGGCGGCUUCAUGGGGGGCUCCUACCCCGGAGGGGCCCUAGCUGGGCCUCUCUUUCAGCACUACCACGGAGGUGGGGCCCCACUACGUUCUGGGCACCAUGGAGGGGCCCUCAUGUAUGGUGGGGUGCAUGCCCCUCCCCUCCUACCCCACCAUCAGCCCUACCCAGGUGGGGGCGGCCGCUGGGAGGGUGGGGGCCCUCCCAGAGGGGCCGGAGGGGACAAGGCUCGUAGGGAACAACGUAUCAGAAGACCCAUGAACGCCUUCAUGGUCUGGGCUAAAGUGGAACGUAAGAAACUGGCCGAUGAGAACCCUGACUUACACAAUGCUGACCUCUCCAAAAUGUUGGGCAAGAAGUGGCGCGCCCUCACGCCCACGGAGCGACGCCCGUACGUGGAGGAGGCGGAGCGGCUGCGGCUGAAACACAUGGCUGAGCACCCAGACUACAAGUACCGCCCGCGGCGCCGCAAGCCGCAACAGCCUAAGAAACCCGGAGGGACAACCCCGUCAUCCAGUUCGACUCCUCUCUCAUCCACCUCUUGUUCCACCAUCACCACUACCACCGCUCCUAGCUCCUCCUCUUCCUCUCAUAUUAAAAAGGAGGGUCCUCUUAUCCCCGGAGGUUUCCUGCAGGCGUCGCUGACGGCGCCCUUGAACACCACCACCGGCAGCACCACUGGCAGGAGUGGUUCUUCAGCGCCAGCACCUUCAUCCUACACGGCCCCAGUACUGGCGCUACACACCCCAGACGCCUCUCCCACCUGCUCCCCAGAACCCACCUGGCCACCCCUGCUUCCUCAGGGACCCCAGCUGCCUCCCUGCACCCUCGCUGCUCUCCCCACGCCUCCUGAAGCCUCCCCUCACGACCACGACCACCUCCACACCCCCACCACCCUACACCACCAUCACCACCAGGAGCAGCAGCAGCAGCAGCAGCUGCAGCAGUCUGCCACGCACCUCCACCUUCAACACCACCACCACACUCACCAGCAACAACAACAACAACAACAGCAGCACCACGCAGAAGCCUCCAAUUCGACCUCAAAACUGCUUCAAUACUUCUCUCCCGGUCAGCAGGGCUACCCCAGCUUCUACCCGGGAUCUGCCUACCCACCACACACCUACGACUGCCACGACUACAUGGGUGGGGCAGCAGAGGGAUACUACCAGUGCCACUACGACCCUCAGGGAUACACACACAACCACCACCCAGCAUUCUCACACCCCGCCUUCAGUAGUCCCAGGAGCGAGGUGAGUGCUGACGGUGGCAGCAGCGAGGGGGGCGUCACCGUGCCUGUGGGUAGCGAGAGUGAGGUCUUCGAUGAUGUGGAUCGGUCAGAGUUCGACCGAUACCUGAAGGGUCCGGAGCGUGUGGCCGUGGUUACCGCCUCCUUCACCUACACCCCUCCAGCCAACCCCAGGUACCUGCAGGUGGGCGGAGGCCAAUACCAGUCCUCGCAGUUCGUGGCGCUGAUCAAGGACGAACCCGAGGACUCUGCUGCCGGGGGCUCUGGCGGAGGAGGCUCUGACGGAGGCAGCGAAGGGGAGACUAAGUCUUCCGAAGUGCAGCGCCCCUCCCCCGAACCAGAGGCUUCCAAACCCGACACCAACACAUCCAGUCUCCUCUCCGCCCUCGCUGACGUCAGGGAACUUUACUACGAGCACUCCUAGAGACCUCUCCUUUUCAACAGCUCUAAAAUGGAGGUUCCAGGAGUCCUUCCCUCCUAUGCAUCAGCCCUAUGAAAGAGCUUCCAGGAGACCCCUCCAGCAUCCCUAGAAAGGAAAGUUCAGGAGUCCUUCGCUCUCCAACAGCCCUAGGAAAAGAGCUUCCAGGACCCCUUCCCUCCCCUACAGCAUCCCUAGGAGAGUGAGUCCAGGAAUUCUCUUUUCUCCAACAGCCCUAUGAACGAGCUUCCAGGAGUCCCCUCCAGCAUCCCUAGGGGGAAGAGUCCAGGAGUCCUUCGCUCUCCAACAACCCUAGGAAAGAGCUUCCAGGAGCCCUUCCCUCUCCUCCAGUAUCCCUAGGAAAGAGAGUCCAGGAAUUCUCCCCUCUCUAGCAGACCUAGGAAAGAGCUUCCAGGAGUCCUUCCCUCCCCUCCAGUAGCUAUAGGAAGGAGAGUCCAGGGUUCUUCCGUUAAUGAUGACAGCGAGCGUCCCUCAGGAUUCUCCUUGAUUGUCUUCCAAUAGAGUCCUAAAGUCUAAAAUGUCUCUCUUCACUGCAUCGUCGACACACCGCCCACCGCAGACGCCCACAAAUGAUAAGAGAUAAACGGCGUCCGUGAUGAGAGAUACACCGCGUACGUGAUAAGCUAGAACUAGAACCACAAAUAUUAAGGUUCGUACACUUCAUCCUAGGAAAACAACAACUUGUGGGUUAAACACACCCUGGUAUCUGAUAAACUGCCUUCGUGUGUGUUUGUGUGUGUGUGAACUUGUUAGUGUGUUUGUGUGUGUGUAUGUGUGUGUGUGUGUGUGUGUGUGUGUGUGUGUGUGUGUGUAAGAAGACUUUGACAUCCCCACAAGUGUUGAUCCACCAACUAUUAACCCAGAGAAUAUUGACUCCCUGAGAAAUACCAUAUCCUCGCUAGGGACGACCCUAGAGUGAUGACUUCCCGAGUGAUAACCCCCUUUCCCCCGGUCGAGUGAUAACCUCUGACUGAUGAAUCCCGGGUGAUGAAUUCCAAAGUAUUGAGCCCAAGCGAUAAUCACUGAUAAUAUUCCCUCCCGAUAAACAAAUCUUUAUAAAUGCCAAAAUGUUCCCACCAACAUAAGUAAAGUUUAUGAAAAAACUCGUCUACUUAACGUCGUAACAAGAAGAGAUCUGGAACUGCCUCCCACAGAGUUGCACCUUGGGAACAACAACAGUGGUGUGGGCGAGACGUUGGCAGAGGGAGAGUUACUCACUGUUCCUUAUUGUGGUGAGCGAAACACAAGCGAGAUGUUUACCUACGAAUGUUUUUGUUUUUUACAUUUGUUAGUAUCGAAGAAGAAUUUAGAAGUACAAACAGUGUGCCUUUACGUAUUUGUUUGUUGCAAGAAGCUGCAUAUCACAUGUGACUCCUGAAGCCCGUCACUGUUAAGUAUAG